UUGAAAAAUGAUCAGGCCACCCGUGCGAACGAGCAGAUUGCGGUGCUGAAAGAUGAACUGUUUAGCAUCAAAUUGCGUGAAACGGAAGCGCUUGAACGAUUGGAAGAUCUACGCAAACGCUUGGAAGAGAUUGACUUGCUAUGGCAGACACAUUGUUCCCAAUGCAAGGGGAUCAUGUCCGAUUCGAAGCGCACCUCUUUCCGUCUCGGUUCACACGAUUCCGCGGAGUCCAAUCAGAAAACACGCAUGUCCGAUCGGAUCCUCGAGGCCCGAUAUAUGGAUCAAAUCAAAACACUACAGCAACGCCUCAAUGAUGUGUCCAUGCAACGUGAAGUUGCGGAUCGCCGAGCCGACCGUUUGGAUCAGCGUGUUUCUGAACUGUUGGACAGUCGAACCACGUCCGAUGCACGAGAACGUGAAAUGGUCAUGGAGUUGAAACAAGCGAUCCAAGGUUGCGCGGAAACCGAAGCGAAGGUAUAUCUGCGCGUUUUGAUCAGUCCCGUAAUCGGAUUUUAUAAAAUGUGA